CUGGGUAGGCUCGAGGGGGGCGCGGGGCGGGGGCGCGCUGCGGCCGCGCGCGGCAUGGAGGCGGGCGGCGCGAGGCUCGCCGCCGCCGCCGGGCGCCCGCGGAGACACUCCGGCCGCCGCACGACUCUCUCAGGCGACGACCGCGCGGACGCGGCCCCGAGGCGGACUGGCGGCCGGCGCUCGCCCCGCCCCGCUGGCCCCGCGCCCCGCACCCUCCGCGCCCCGCCCAGCAUCGAUCCGCGCCUGCACGCCCUGCACCCGCACGUAAACACGCCGCCCGCCGCUCCCCGCCGCGCUGCGUGCCCUCGUUAA